AUGUUGUGCCGAUUGGACAUCCCACAUUGCUGCUUCUAUUUGCACCAUUACUUUUCUAUCCUGCUAGGGCUGUACGCCUACCAGUUUGACCCAAUUCGCAACCGUUUCGAUAGGAACAUUCUUAUGUUGAUAAUCAAUUUGAUUAUCAAGAUGUUGAUCAUUCCUUCCAAAAUUUACUCAUCUGCCACCUUCGUAAGCCAAGUAUCCGCGAUUCCCGGGUCACUUCUACCGAUUAUUCUUUAUUUUGCUAUCGAUAAGCUCGUUCUGGCGCAUGAAGUAUUUCUCAUAAGCACACAGCUGCUCAACUCCAAGCGAUACCUCUGGUUGUUAAAUGAAAAUUUUGCAUUGGAAGAAGAAUUUAAGGCGCAGUUUCCAGGUCUAACGACGGAGCCGUUCAUGAUCUACACUAAAAUUACUCCGCUGAAAGUGUUCUUCAUAGCCAUGUGCUGUACGUUAGUCAGCAGUCAGUUGAACGAUGCACAUGCUGUGGCAAACUUAUGGCUGAUUAUGAGCACAGCCGUUUAUAAUGAUCAAUUUUUUAUUUGGAUGGACAACGUAGCGCGUCGUAUUGACAUUUUACGCAAACAUUUAGACUCGGUUCACUGGAGGUUGCGGUAUGUGAAUUCAAGCUAUGAAGAGCUGGAUUAUUGUGAAGAUAUCCGACGAAUUGCUUUAGCACACAGUAGGGUUUAUCAACACUUUGCAAAGGCGGUUGAGUUUAACUCAGUACAAAUGAUGAUAACAUUUCUGUUUAUGAGUUUUACGCUUCUGCUACUGAUGUUUAUGAUAUUUGGAAUAAUAUAUUUCUAUGUUUAUGACCAUGCUCCUUUCUUAAAUGCAUAUUUGAAAGGAGCAACAUUGAUGACUUUCAUGUGGAUUAAUCUUAUGGUUAUGAUAAACCGGUGCGCAGCAGUCGUAGAAAGCCAAACAAUGUUAGUGUAUAAACUACAGAAGUUAUCAUUGUGUGGAUUCAAAGAUGAUCGAUUACGGCAAAUAGUCCUAUUUCUUAUUCUCCAGAUAAAGCAUGAAAAAAUGAAAGUGGCUUGUUGUGAUAUGUUUGAUGUUGAACAUGGGAUGGUGAUAAGGGUCAUUGCUUUCAUUACCAAGUAUUUGGUACUGCUGAUCCAGUUCCAUUUUCAAGGAAGCAGUACAAUCUUGCUGGAAGGACAGUAGAUGACGCGACCAUGAACUGAACUGCUAAACGAUGUUGCCUUACAUUGGUCUCUUUCAAUUUUAAUUAUACCUUCAAAGAAGAGGAUGCUAUAAUCAGGCUAGGAAUAGGCGAAUAAUUCACUCAAGAGAGGCGAAGAAGCGCCUUUCACAUCCGGUAGAUGACGUAAAAAGUUCCAACUUUUCCCUUGAACAGGUCCUACACCCUCGUCCUACACAGGCAACAGCAUAAUCAUCUUCAACCGCUUGCAGCGGAUCACUGCUUCUGAACGGCGUGAAUGCCGUCGAGGGACCCGGUUUACUAACAUUUGAACCGUCGCUGGACCGACAACGCGGCACAAUCGGGGUAAUGAA